AGAGCUCACAAGGAUAUAAAAGAAUAUUUAUUCCAGAGUCAACUUCUUACAAACAACAAUAAAUCAAACUCCCAACAGAAGAGUCGAAAAGCUCGCAUUCAUUCCACGAAAUGAUGAGACAGAGAGAAGUCAGUUUCGUGCGUGCAGUCCAAAUGUUUUCUUUCGGGUGCUGAAAGCUCUAGGUCGGAUGUUUUUGUAAUUUGAAUAAAGAAUCAUUGUAUUCGAUAACUAAAAACAGUUAAAAAUUGUGUAAAAUUGUAUUGAAUGAACCAGACAAGGAUAAUCGCGAAUAAAUUAUUCGCACGUAAAAACACAAUCAAAUACUUACAAUGUAAUUAAAUUUAAUUCUCAUUUCCCGCGUAAUCAACCCCGCCAAUUAAAGGCGGGAUGACCACUUUAUUCGCUCUCAUUGACCGUCUGAAGACCGUGACGAACCAUCGGGCAGCUAAACACUGCGUGCUGGAUUUCAGCGAAGAGGAGAAAGUGUCGUGCGCCGUUCAUUUAUUUCAAUAUUGACAGAAGGUUAAUUGCAUUUCAUUCGUUACACGAGCGUUAAUCACCGUGGACAGUUUUCAGAUCACAUUCUGUAAUGAUUAAUUAGUGCUUCGGUGAUAUCCCGUAAAUCCGUGCAGUGGAAGCAGUGUUCCGGAACCUGAUUAAACAUGUGAUAGCAUUCGGCCACAACUCAAUCAUGCGAUAAGCCACGGCGGAAGUGACAGAAGAAAGAGAGCGAAAAUACAAUGCUGGUGAAAAAUAUGUCAAAAUUAAAUGUGAAUCAUCGCGAAUUAAUUGCAUUACCAAGGGCAGCGGCGACAUCGGCGGUGCUGGCGUUGACGACGCUUUUGAUGAUGCCGAUGCUGCUCCGUAACGGCUGUCAAGCGGCCCCCUCACUUGCGGCGAAAUCCUGGCCGGUGAUGAAAAAUUAUGAUAUCUGGGGUACCACGCCGGCGGAGCAGGUCUCACCGGGGGCAGAUUUAUCAUUGUCGUCGUCGUUUUCACCAGAUUCGCUGUUAUCGUCACCUUGGACUCGAAACAUACGCAAUGGAACCGUGUUUCGGCGCAGUCGGGUAUUCGGAAUGGACGGGUCACUGGAAAAUGACGUUUUCGAUUUGGACCAGAGCAACGCCUUCGAUGCAGGCGCCAAUCGAACGAGGGGAAGAAGUGCUAAAGUGCUCAACUUUUUCCCGGUCCCAGUGGAUGACGAGUGCCUUUCGGACGACGGGCUCCGCACCGGUCAGUGCCUGAAUACGUACGAGUGCCGCAUCAAGGGUGGUUCGUCGCGUGGCCAAUGUGCGCUCGGUUUCGGCGUGUGCUGCGUCUUCACCGCCACAUGCGACCAGGAGAUGGCCAACAACAUUACGUACUUCGUGUCUCCGAGCUUUCCGGCGCUGCUUCCCCGGGACAUGUCACUAUGCAAGCUGAAGAUCAAGCUGAUGAGCGACGAAAUCACCCAACUCAAAUUCGAUUUCAUCCAUUUUGCAUUGGGACAACCGAAUCGACGGACAGGAAUUUGCGAAGGGGACGUAUUCAAGCUAAUUGGCGGAGUGUUGCCGUUUGACCUGUGCGGUCAGAAUAGUGGCCAGCAUUUGUACUAUGACCUGAGUCCGAAGAGCCGGGCAGAUGAGGAGAUUGAGCUGUUUAUGAACUUUUCGCCGCGGUCCUUCACACAACGGUUGUGGGAAAUCAAGAUUACACAGAUUCCAUUCAGCCAGCGGGCACCGAGCGGAUGCAUGCAGUAUUAUACCGGGCUGGAAGGAGUGAUUCAAACGUUCAACUUUGCCGAAAAUGGGAGACAUUUAGCGAACCACAAUUAUAGAGCGUGCAUACGACAGGAGAAAGACAUGUGCUCGGUUGCUUACGAGCCGUGCGAUGAUCAAUCUUUUAGGAUAGCAAAUCCUCUGUCUGACGGGAGUGGUGGUUUUCCCGGAGGAUCGUCGGGAGGCCCUGGCGGAUCAGCAGGGCCAGGUAGUACGGGUGGGACAGGAACAUUUUCGGAUCCAUCUAUUGCAAGUGAUCCGUUAGCACCGGCUGCUGACACUCCCGCUGACUUGGUUUCCGCAGCGGACGGUGAGGGAAGUCCUGGUUUGCUUGACACACCGGCAGACGAUGCAGGGGCAGCAGACGAACCAGUUGCAGCCGACGACCCGGCGGCGGACACCCCCGAAGCAGAUGAGCCACAGGCAGACGACCCCGAUGCUGCUGAUGAGGGCUCUGGAGGGGGUGGUGGGGGUGGCUUCUUCGGUAGCUUCUUCCCGUCGUUCUUUUCGCGGAGUAUUUUCGAUUCAUAUCGAAGUUUCGAUGGAUCUCAUAGGCAAGGUCGCUUUUUUGGAGGCUAUUCGCGGCAGUUUAUUUCCAAUUGCAAGGACCGAAUAACGCUGCCCUGCAUAGUGGAAGAUUUUAUCGGGGCUGGGAUGGGUGAUUUGCCCAGUUGUAUUCCGGUGCAUUGUGGGAACUCGUUGUGCCCGGCGGGAGUGUCUCCGUGCAGGGUGGAAACUUCGGUUACUCCUUUCGGGCUGGGAAUACAUUUUGGUGAAGGUUUAGAUAAGGGGAGUCCAGAGGAUAACAUCGGAGCUUGUCUGAGGUACAAUCAGCUUCCGUGUGCUGGGUAAAUAAAAAUAUGAUUAGGAAGUAAAUGUAUGUGUGUGUGUAUAUAUUUAUUAGCUGUGAGUGCUUGCCAGUAAUUAAAUGUGUAUAAAACA